AUGGGCGAUAUUCCCUUUCCGAUCGCUGCUACAGCUUCAUCAUCCUCGUCUCUAGCACUAGCUUCGGGUUCCUCGAUUCUCUUAUACCGGACUAGCUCGGGAUCCGCCUCGACAUCCUCGUCGUCCAAACCGUCCGAUCCAAAGAAUCACCCAAGCUCUUUCAUUCGACACAUCGCCAUCAGUCCAGAUGAGAAGCAUAUAGCAGCUCUGACAGAGGCUAAGCAGCUUUUGGUGUUCGCCAGCGAGUCCUUGGAGGUGCUCUCUCGCCGGUCCAUCUCUAAACGAGGAGCCCAUUUGUCCUUUGGUCCCAAAGGCGAUAUCAUCCUCACGGACAAGGUUGGAGAUGUCUACCGGUACCCCUUGGUUCCACGAGUGAUACACGAGGAUGAACGGCCAGGUAAUGGUCUAUUGACUUCCGAUCCAUCUCGGAACGUCGAUGCCGAUUUGCUGUUAGGGCACGUCUCCCUCAUCAGCAUGCAUCUCUUGUCCGAGGAUGGAAAGCAUAUCAUCACCGCCGACAGGGACGAGCAUAUCAGGGUAUCACGAUUCCCUCAAUCAUUCGUCAUCGAGAGAUACCUUUUUGGAUCUGAGAAAUUCGUAUCUGCACUGUGUAUACCCAGCUCGCAACCUUCCUGGCUGAUAUCAGGUGGAGGGGAAUCCGUCUUGAGGACAUGGGAUUGGACAAAUGGGAACCAGCUCGGAACAGUGGAUCUUGAGGAUGUCUUGCCCUAUAGGACCGUCAGGAGCACUCUGCGCAAGGAUAAGAAGCAGGGCAAACGGAAACACGACGCGGAUAACGACGACGAGUUUGAACGAGCUCCUGAGGGAUGGACAUUGCCAUCGGGUCGAGGCAUAUGCAUCAAGAAAAUCACAUCAAUGCGAAUUGGGGAAAAGAGUGUCAUCAUCUUCUUCUCCUCAGGGUGCCGGGCAAUACAUAGUUUUGAGCUACCUUCAGACUGCUCGGAGAAUCCUCGCCUCAACACGCUUGAAACUCCUUAUCCGGUUCUUGAUUUUGCAGUCCAUCCAAGGGAUCGCAGCAAGUUCGUCAUCUCGAUGGAUACAACUUGGGGAACAAUCAAAACAAAUGCCAUGCCAGAUAACAUGCGGGGUAUCAUCAAGGACGCCACACCAUCCGAGGAGGACCUUCAAGCCAUGCGCAAAUCGAUCAUGAUCGCCGAAGUGUCGGAUUCUGGCACGCUGUCAAAUGUGUCCUCCACCCACUCGAGCCUUCUCGAUCCCCUUCUCGCCAUGAUCAACAACGCAUCCUUGUCCGCAUCGUCAUCCGCCAUCGCCUCCCUGGACCUAUACGAUGAGCUCUCUCUGUACCCUCGCUGGCCGGGAUUCGAAGAAGACGACGAUUUGGCCGGGCCUGCGGACGACAAGACCGUCACGAUUGGGGAUGCUAGCGGAAACGCAUCGGAAAAAACAUACUCCCGUGCAGAGCUGGAGAAGAUGAACCCUAAACAGCUUGGACGCCUCAAGGCCAAGGGCGUAGAUAUUGGAGACCUGAUGCCAAGGAAAAAGAAGAAGCAGAAGCUGGACAGAGACGAAUCAGUUGGCGCCGACACCGUGCAGGGAUGA